UCCAUUGAGUAGCUAUGGGCUAUCUCUUUAUUGUUGUCUGUCGAUCGCCUUUUAAAUUUUAGAGUCUAGAACUGGAUUUAUAUGACUUUGUUAUUACUUAUUCGUAACUAGUAAUUAGUCUCCCAAUUGUAAUUUGUGUUGUUCAAACCUUUUUUUCGUUCUACUUAAUUUUCUGGAACGGAUAAUAAUCGGUUUCAUCAUCACAACUUUUAUUAUUUCAAUCAGCUAUGUCUGGUCGUACGCCACAAAGAAACGGCACCACAACACCGAGGGGAGGUCGAACCCCUUCGAGAAAUAAUACUACUCAAAGGGAAAGUCGAACUCCGUUGAGAAAUGGCAGUACAACACCUAGAACUAAUGGUCGUUCCCCAGGCGUUAGGACACCAGGUUCUGUCGCUAGUCGUCGAGGUUUAGUUUCUGAACCAUCGUCGCCCGCACGUCGUUUUAUGACUAGUCCUCUAAGAGGACUACGAACUAGUGAAGUGGAUUUGAGUUCGCCCAUUAAUUAUGGAUCUCCUCUAAGCUCGGUUGAUUCACGGGCUACAGGUUUCACGGCCCGUAGCGGUAGUUCAGCACAACGUAGUAAUUUAUCAGUUAGCCGUCGUCAAAGACAAGUGGAUAUCAGAGCAUACGAAAAUGGUGUGCCACGUACAGACGCGGAUAAUCAGGAUGUUGCUCCUAAUUUAGUCAUAUGGGGUACUGAUGUUGUGGUUGACAGAUGUCGCAGUAGAUUUCAAACGUUCAUUGAAACAUUUUGUGUUAACGAAACAGAAUCCCCGCAUUACAUGACCAAACUGAAUAAUGUGUUAGAAAUGGAAAUACCCUAUGUAGAUGUAAAUUGUGGUCAUCUGUAUCAAUUUGAUUCAGAAUUGUACCAUCAACUGAUAUGUUACCCUCAAGAAGUUAUCCCUGUAUUUGACACUGUUGUAAAUGAAGUAUUUUUUGCAAAGUACCCGGCUGCUGAUUUAACACAUGUGACUAAAGCCUUACAAGUCCGCCCUUUUAAUGUUCAAAAAACUAAAAAUAUGCGAUUCUUGAACCCUGAGGAUAUGGACCAGUUGAUUACGGUGUCCGGAAUGGUAAUUCGCUGUAGUGAUAUUAUACCUGAAAUGCGUGAUGCAUUCUUUCGCUGUAUUGUUUGUUCUUAUACGACCAUAGUGGAAAUCGAUCGAGGUAAUAUUGCUGAACCUACACUGUGCCCUCACUGUAAUACAAAUCAUUGUUUCGAGUUGAUCCACAACCAGUCCCAUUUUACCGACAAACAGUUAACUAAGCUUCAAGAAUCACCUGAAGAAAUGCCGGCCGGUCAGACUCCGCACACUGUAAAUUUAUAUUCUUAUAACGAGCUAAUUGAAACUGUGCAAGCCGGUGAUCGGGUUUCUGUGACUGGUAUUUAUCGAGCAGUUCCAAUGCAAGUAAACCCGAGAAUGAGAAAUUUUCGAAGUGUGUAUCGAACACAUGUUGACGUUCUUCACUUUUUAAAAUCUAACGAUAGCCGCAUAGCUUUUUCUGUCGAAGAAAAAGACAAACUAACCGAGGAACGAGUUGAGUUAUUAAAACAGCUAUCAAAAACCGAAGAUAUCUAUGACAGAUUAGCCAAUACUUUGGCCCCGUCUAUAUAUGAAAAUUGUGAUAUAAAAAAAGGCAUAUUAAUGCAGCUGUUUGGUGGAACAAGAAAAACAUCCAAAACAAAGAAUCACCUAAGAUCGGAAAUCAAUUUACUUUUAUGUGGUGAUCCGGGAACCAGUAAAUCUCAGUUUUUAUCCUAUGUCUAUGACAUUGUACCAAGAAGCCAGUAUACCAGUGGUAAAGGCUCAUCAGCUGUCGGAAUGACUGCCUAUGUUACCAAAGAUCCAGAAACCCGACAACUCGUUUUACAAACGGGAGCGUUAGUAUUGGCCGAUAAUGGUGUUUGCUGUAUCGAUGAAUUUGACAAAAUGAGUGAAUCUGCCAGGAGCGUUCUACACGAAGUAAUGGAGCAGCAGACUUUGAGUAUUGCUAAAGCGGGCAUUAUUUGUCAGUUAAAUGCGAGAACUUCCAUAUUGGCUGCAGCAAAUCCAUGCGAGUCCCAAUGGAACAAAAAUAAAACCAUUAUUGAAAACAUACAACUACCGCACACUUUAUUGUCUAGAUUCGAUUUAAUAUUUUUAAUGCUGGAUCCACAAAACGAACAAUAUGAUAGAAGAUUAGCUAAUCAUUUAGUUUCAUUGUACUACAAAAGCGAGAAUUUCGAACAUGAUGAACAAAUGGAUACAACGUUACUUCAAGACUAUAUUACGUACGGGCGAGAAAAAUUCCAACCCAUUUUAAAUGAAGAAAGCAGACAAAAACUCAUUCAAUACUAUGUCAACAUGAGAACAGUAGGUAGUGGUCGAGGACAAGUAUCAGCUUACCCGAGACAAUUGGAAUCUCUUAUUCGUUUGUCCGAAGCACAUGCUAAGAUGAGGUACUCAACUGUUGUGGAAAUGCAAGAUGUAGAUGAAGCUUGGCGGUUGUACAGAGAAGCGUUGAAACAAAGUGCUACAGAUCCUUUAUCUGGAAAAAUAGAUGUUGGUAUUUUAACUACGGGUCUUAGUUCGGCAGCCCGGCAAAGGCGACACGACCUUGCGGAACAUUUGGCUAAAGUAAUAGGUAGCGAAGCCAAAUCUACAGUUUUUAAUUAUCAAAAGUUGUUAAACGAAACAAAAUUAAAUUUUAAAUUCCAAGUAACGAGAGAAAUGUUUGAUGAUGCUCUUAAAGAAGUUCAAGACAUGGGACGUAUUAUUAUAACCGGUAGAACUACUAUCCGAAGCGUAUAAGUUAUUUUAUAUUAUUUCUAUUUUAAGAAAAAAAAAAAUCAUUAUUUUACUUUUAAAAUAUAAUUUUUUUUGUGUUUAAUUUUAUUUAUGAACAUUAUUUUUCAUUAUAAC